UAUUAAAAUAGCUAGAUAUUAAAAGCAAAAUAUUAUAUUUGUGAAUUUUAUGUUGAAAUUGCUUUUGAAAACAAAUGUUAUGUAAGUUCUGCAGCUUUAAACAAAAUCAGUAUGGGAAACUGUACUGGAAGUCAAUCACCAUAUAUACAAUACAAAUAUACUCCAGUUGGUAAACCAAUCAAUCAAAUUAAAUCUCGAUAUGAUGUUGUUGUUAUUGGAUCAGGUUAUGGAGGGGCAGUUGCUGCUAGCCGAAUGGCUCGUGCUGGUAAAAGUGUUUGUCUUCUUGAGAAAGGUAGGGAAUGGCUUCCAGGAGAUUUUCCAGAAUCAAUGGAUGAAGCAAUUAAAGAAAUGUGUUUAGUGAAGUAUGAAGAAAAGCAAUUACUUGGUCAUCCUGCUAGUUUGUAUCAAUUUAAUAUAACAAAAGAUAUCACAGUAAUGACUGCGUGUGGUCUUGGUGGAAGUUCACUAACAGAUGAAGGUGUUUCGUUAGAUUGCAAAUCAAAAGUGUUUUAUGACCCAGUUUGGCCACAACUUUUUAGGGAAGAUUUAACAAAUUUUAAUGGUACUGAUCGUACCCAUGCUCAAGAAAUGCUACGGCCAUGUCCUUAUCCAGAUGAUUACCCCCCUCUAAAGAGAAUGAAUCAAAUGAGAGGUACAAUUAACAGUAUCAAUAUUAUUGAUGUAGAAGAUAUUCAUGAAACAUUUUACAGAACCCCAUUAAAUAUUAAUUUUACUGACUUGCCACAUAAUCAUGUUGGUUAUUCACAACCUGCAUGCAAUGGUUGUGGAAAUUGUCUAGCUGGAUGCAACACUGGUGCAAAAAAUACCUUAGUAACAAAUUAUUUACAAGAUGCAAUCAAUUAUGGCGCAGAAAUAUUUACUAAUGUUGAAGUUCAAACUAUUCAAAAGGAUUAUACUUCAUAUCAAUGGCAAAUUGAAUAUAAUAUUACUGGUAAAGAAAACAACCAGCCUAAAGUUGUUCAAUCAAGUUUUGUUUUUUUGUGUGCUGGAUCUCUUGGUUCCACCCAAAUUCUUAUGCAGUCUAAAUUACAAGGUUUUGAAGUAUCUGACCAACUUGGAAAGAAAUUCAAUGGAAAUGGUGGAUUAUUGGCGGUUAGUUAUUGCAGUAAAAAAGAAAGUUCUUUUGCUACUGGUUUACGCACUGGAAUGUACAAAAAAGGAAAACUUCCCAAAGGCUGUCAACAACCUCCUGGUCCAGCAGUUACAAGUUUUAUAGACAUAAGAAAAAAGCGAAGUGGUUUUAUGUUAGAAGACUUGACAGUACCUAGUGCAUUUUUACCACCAUAUAUUGUUGGAUCAGCAAUGUCAUGUGGUGCUGUUAAAAGACCAGAACCUUUUCCACAUGGUCAGCAAUGGCAUGCAAUGCUAAAAAACAUUGGAAGGGAAGGAAUUGAUAACACACUUGGUUUGUUUUGCAUUACCUCAGAUGAAGCUGACGGUGAAAUAGCAUAUGAUAAAGAAAUAAAAAGAGUUUAUGUAAAAUGGAAUAAUGAACACCAUCAAAGGUAUUAUUAUAGUGCAAGAACAGGUCUAGAAGAAGCAAUAAACAGCUUAGGAGGAAAUGUUGGUUUCUCACCAAAAUGGUCAACUCAGUUAAGUUCAGACACAUUGACGCGCCAUCCACUUGGAGGUUGCCCAAUGGGAGAGUCAGGUGAAUUUGGUGUUGUAAAUCAUUUCGGUCAGUUAUUUAUUGGAAAUUCAGAAGACACUUAUGAUGGCUUUUAUGUUAUUGACUCCUCUAUUAUUCCCUGUGCCCUUGGUGUAAAUCCUAUGUUCACCAUAACUUGUCUCGCAGAAAGGUGCAUGCGAAUAAUUGCAGCAAAUGAACACUGGAAUAUAGAUUACACAUUGGGCGCAAAAUCUAGUUCAAAAUCUGGUAAAGCGAGUACAGGCUUUUAAAAAAUGU